GUAUCAGCACACAGUUCGCGUCUGUGGCCUCCAGAAGGACCUGAGCAGACUCCCUUAUGGAGACCUGACCGAGAUCGGGGAGCGGGGUCUCAACCUCUCCGGGGGACAGAGGCAGAGGAUUAGUCUGGCUCGCGCCAUCUACUCCAACCGUCAGCUCUACCUGCUGGACGACCCCCUGUCGGCCGUGGACGCGCACGUGGGGAAGCACAUCUUUGAAGAGUGCAUUAAGAAGACGCUCAGGGGGAAGACCGUUGUCCUGGUGACCCACCAGCUGCAGUUCUUGGAGUCUUGCGAUGAAGUCAUUUUGUUAGAAGAUGGAGAGAUCUGUGAAAAGGGAACCCACAAGGAGUUAAUGGAAGAGAGAGGGCGCUACGCAAAACUGAUUCACAACCUCCGAGGGUUGCAAUUCAAGGAUCCCGAGCAUCUUUACAAUGCAGCAAUGAUGGAAGCCCUCAAGGAGAGCCAUGCCGAUAGAGACAAAGAUGCUGUUUUGGCUCCAGGAGAUGAGAAAGAUGAAGGAAAAGAACCUGGAACAGACUCAGAAUUGGCAGACACAAAAGUUCCUGCGCAGCAACUUGUCCAGGCAGAAUCCCCCCGGGAAGGAAUCGUGACCUGGAAAACAUAUCACACGUACAUUAAGGCUUCUGGAGGGUACCUCCUUUCUUUCUUCACAGUUUCCCUCUUCCUCCUGAUGAUCGGCAGCUCUGCCUUCAGCAGCUGGUGGCUGGGUCUCUGGUUAGACAAGGGCUCACAGAUGACCUGUGGGCCCGAGGGCAACAAGAGUGUGUGUGAGGUGGGCAAGGUCCUGGCAGACAUCGGGCAGCAUGUGUACCAAUGGGUAUAUGCAGCCAGCAUGGCAUCUGUGUUGGUGUUUGGCAUCAUCAAAGGUGUCACCUUCACCAAGACAACUCUGAUGGCGUCCUCCUCACUGCAUGACAGAGUGUUUGACAAGAUCUUAAAGAGCCCAAUGAGCUUCUUUGACACGACUCCCACUGGCAGACUAAUGAACCAUUUUUCCAAAGAUAUGGAUGAGCUGGAUGUGAGGCUGCCAUUUCACGUGGAGAACUUUCUGCAGCAGUUUUUUAUGGUGGUGUUUAUUCUUGUGAUACUGGCUGCUGUGUUUCCUGCUGUCCUUCUAGUCAUGGCUGGCCUUGCUGUAGGCUUCGUCAUUCUUUUAUGCAUUUUCCACAGAGGAAUCCAGGAGCUCAAGAAGGUGGAGAACAUCAGCCGGUCACCCUGGUUCUCCCACAUCACUUCCUCCAUGCAGGGCCUGGGGAUCAUUCAUGCCUAUGACAAAAAGGAGGACUGCCUGACCAAGUUUAAGAUGCUAAACGAUGAAAACUCCAGCCACCUUCUAUACUUUAACUGUGCUCUCAGGUGGUUUGCUCUAAGAAUGGAUGUCCUCAUGAACAUCAUCACCUUCAUUGUGGCCUUGAUGGUGACCCUGAGUUUCUCCUCAAUCAGUGCUUCAUCCAAAGGCUUGUCUUUGUCUUACAUUAUCCAGCUAAGUGGCCUGCUCCAAGUGUGUGUGCGAACAGGAACGGAGACUCAAGCCAAGUUCACCUCCGUGGAGCUGCUAAGGGAGUAUAUUUUGACCUGUGUUCCUGAAUCCACUCAUUCCCUCAAAGUGGGGACCUGUCCCAAGGACUGGCCCAGCCAUGGGGAAAUAACCUUCAGAGACUAUCAGAUGAGAUACAGAGACAACACCCCCCUUGUUCUCGAUGGGCUGAACUUGAAUAUCCAAAGUGGGCAGACAGUUGGGAUAGUUGGAAGAACAGGUUCCGGAAAGUCAUCAUUAGGAAUGGCUUUGUUUCGUCUGGUGGAGCCAGCCAGUGGUACGAUCUUCAUUGAUGAAGUGGAUAUCUGCACCGUUGGUCUGGAAGACCUCAGAACCAAGCUGACUGUGAUCCCCCAGGAUCCUGUCCUGUUUGUAGGUACAGUAAGGUAUAACUUGGAUCCCUUUGAGAGUCACACCGACGAGAUGCUCUGGCAGGUUCUGGAGAGAACGUUCAUGAGAGACACGAUAAUGAAACUCCCAGAAAAAUUACAGGCAGAAGUCACAGAAAAUGGAGAAAACUUCUCAGUAGGGGAACGGCAGCUGCUUUGUAUGGCCCGAGCACUUCUCCGUAAUUCAAAAAUCAUUCUCCUUGAUGAAGCCACUGCCUCCAUGGACUCUAGGAUGGACACCCUUGUUCAGAGCACCAUCAAAGAUGCCUUCAAAGGCUGCACAGUGUUGACUAUCGCCCACCGCUUAAACACAGUUCUCAACUGUGACCGCGUCCUGGUCAUGGAAAAUGGGAAGGUGAUUGAGUUUGACAAGCCAGAAGUCCUUGCCGAGAAGCCAGAUUCUGCAUUUGCCAUGUUACUAGCAGCAGAAGUCCGAUUGUAA